AUUUGGAAUUUAAAGAAAGUGGGAAGAGAACUAUUUGGAAUGAAAAAGACCAAAAGGAAAGGGGAGUGUGUGUGGUUAUAAUAAGUAAUGUCAAAAUACAUUCCAUAAGUAGGAGAAUACUAACGCAACCCAUUAUUUUGUACAGUUACUAUACAAUAGCAAAACUUGUUUCAAAGACCGGGAUCAGGAGACAGGGGCCCUGGCCAACAAGGCUGGGGCUAGGGUACAACUUCCCAGGGACUGGGCGAGGAGCCUGAGGUUGGCAGGUACAGGGUCCUGUGCCUCCAUGAAAGAGUCAAGUUCUAAUGGCCGGGUGUGAAGCGGUGUGGCUGUACUCUGAGUGUGAACUGAAGACUCAGCUUCUAACUGGGUUGAGUUGAGAUGGGGACUCACUGGCCACGCCCCUCUCCUUCCAAGGGACAUGGUGCUGAUCAUACACGGUUUCCCGUCUGCUGUGGCCGCCCUUCGGUUUGAGUGGGCCUGGCAACAUCCUCAAGCUUCACGCCGCCUGACACACGUGGGGCCGCGCCUGCGCAGUGAGGCUGCCUUUGCCUUCCACUUGCGCGUGCUGGCGCACAUGCUUCGAAUUCCUCCGUGGGUGCGCCUUCCUCUGACACUGCGCUGGCUGCGACCUGACUUCCGCCAUGAACUCUGUCCAGCGCCACCACCACACAUGCCCAUUGCCUUUGGACCACCACCACCUCAGCCCUUGGUCUCAAAACGACCCACUGCAAGUGAGGCUGACAGCCAGCAACAGCUGGAACUAGGUGCCAAGAACAGCUGCACUUUGUGUGCCCGUAUGCUGCAGGAUGAAGAGGGCCCCUUGUGCUGCCCCCACCCUGGUUGUUCCCUAAGGGCCCAUAUCAUCUGCUUGGCAGAGGAGUUCCUGCAGGAGGAGCCCGGGCAACUUCUGCCCCUAGAGGGCCAUUGUCCUAGCUGCAAGAAGUCUCUACUUUGGGGAAACCUGGUUGGGCAGUGCCAUGUGGACACCGAGGAGGAAGAGGACUUGGAAUUAGAGGAGGAACACUGGACAGACUUGCUGGAGACUUGAUCCUGUGUCCCCAACCUUCAUCCCUGCACCUUUUCUGCCUCUCUCUCCAGUAACUGGCAGCUUUUAUUGAGCACAAUAAAAAGGCUGAGUUAAGGGUA